AAUGUUGAUCCUUCUCUAUUGUUAUUUAAUUGUUCAUUCCUUUUCUAGAAAUGGAUUAUUUUCUUCUUAACUUUGACUCGGAACUUCGAUUCCUUGUUGAUUCUCCAUGACCUUUAUGUUCCCCCUUUUAACUUUCUCUUCUUAUAUCCCCUGUUUUCUCCGUUUUUCCUCCUGAUUUAAGGAUCUGCUGCAUGAACUGAAUUUUGAUGUUCCCUUCAUCAGAAUCAUGGUUUUGGAUUUGAUUUCAACUUCUGAUUUAAAGAUGUAUAAUGGUUUACUUUUCAAAUUUUCCGAGUGUGUCUAUCACUUUUUUUUAAAAAUUAUUUCUUUGAAUAUUCUUUCACAAGUUAAGGUUACCUAAGAUUUAUUAUUUAGAAUAUGGAUUAAACAGUUAAUGAUUUUGCUUACAGAAGUUUGUACUCAAGUUAGAUUUGCAUGAUGACAAGGAUAAACAGAAGGCCCUGAAAAUAGUCUCAACUCUUUCAGUUUUGAAUGCUCAAAUUGAGGGAAUGUUAGGUAACAAUAUGUAUUGAUGCUAUCUCUAUGAAUAUGAAAGAGAAGAAAUUAACAGUGAUAGGAACAGUGGAUCCAGUAAGUGUGGUGAGCAAAUUGCGCAAAUAUUGGCAAACAGACAUAGUAGCUGUAGGACCUGCCAAGGAGCCUGAGAAGAAAGAGGAUCCUAAGAAAGAAGAAGCCAAGAAAGAGGGAGAAAAUAAAGAAGAGCAAAAGAACGAAGAGGGCAAAAAAGAAGAACCAAAGAAAGAAGAGGAGAAAAAGAAAGAGGCACCACCAGAUCCUGUUUUGGAACUGGUCAAAGCUUAUAGGGCAUAUAAUCCCCAAAUGACCACACACUACUAUGUUCAAAGCAUAGAAGAGAAUCCUAAUGACUGUGUCAUUUGUUAAAUAUGAGGGAAAGACAUACUUUUUCAACAUGCAUGGUAAUGGUUUCAAUUCUCUUUUAUCCAAGAAAAUAGGACUUCCUUGUAUAUAAUAUAUGGUGGUGCCUUGUUGAGUUACUAAGGUGAGAAGGAAUAAAAUUUUGGGGAAUUUGUUUUGCAUGGAGAUGUAGUUUACACUUUUCCCCGUA